CUCACACAACUCCGAGGCGCUGUAACGACGCCCAUUUUUCAGCCAUGGAAACUGAAGCGUGGUGAGGCUGCAUUUGGUGUCAGGAUGUUGAGCUGGGUCCAGAGGGUGCUGCCUCAGCCCCCGGGGAACCCUCGGAAGACCAGGAGAGAGGAGGCGGGGGUGGAACCAGAGCCAGAGCUGGAGCCUGAAACAGCCCCGGAGGAGACAGAGCUAGAGGAAGAGUCCCUGCCACCUGCGGAGCCCUCCAAGGGGACGGAAGAGGCUGCAGCUGAUCAGGGCCCUCAGGAAAGCCAGGAGGCUGCCCCUCCUCCGCCCACAUCCCUCCAGGCUCAGGUCGCUGUGGUGCCCGAAGUGAACAGCGGUCCCAGCGGCUGGGUGUUGACCUGGCUCAGGAAGGGCGUGGAGAAGGUUGUCCCGCAGCCCGUCCACAACGGUGGCGGGUCCGCCCAGAGCACUGCUGCCUGCAUGCAGGGUCCAGCUCAGGCAGGAGCGCAGAUCCUUGGGCACUGCAGCACUGGGGGCUCAGUUGGGCUGACCGAGGGGGGUGUGGGGGCUCAGGGCAGCCUCUUGCUGCUGACCAUCUUCCUUCCCUCUGCAGAUGGUCCCCACGUGGUCCCCAGGGCCCAAGACGCUGGACCCGGGCCCUGGCUGCUCAGGUGGUUCGAGCAGAAUGUGGAGAAAAUGCUGCCUCAGCCCCUGAAAACCUCUGAGGGCUGGAGAGACGAGUCUGCAGAUGCCGCCUUGGGUCCAGAGCCCCCAGGACCCCCCUUGGAAAUGAAGCCCACGCAGCAGGCCCAGGAGAGCCCCUCCCCGCCUGCUCCCUGCCCCCCAGAGCCUGAGGAGGAGCUGUUUCCAGACCCCCAGCCUGACAUCCAGGCCUCCUCCCCGCCGCUGCCCGGGGACUCUGCCAGGUUGGGGGCCUGGCUCCUGCACCGGCUGGAGAUGGCCCUGCCACAGCCAGUGCUCCGCGGGAAGGCUGGGGAGCAGGAGGCUGAUUCCCCUGUGACGUGUGACGUGCAGACCAUCAGCAUCCAACCUGGAGGGCAGGAGGAGCCCACGCUCAUCCUACAGGAGGCUCACCCUCACUGGGAGGAGGACGAGCAUCAGGAGGGCAGUGCCAGCCCGCAGGACUCAGAGGCAGCUCCCGCUGAUGAAGAGGAGAUCGAAGUGCUGGAGCAGGUGCCCAGGGAACUGCCUCGGAUUCAAGAGGAGAAUGAAGAAGAGGAAGAGGAGGACGGAGAGGAGGAGGAGCAGAACAGAGAGGAGGAGGAGGACGGAGAGGAAGAGGAAGAGGAGGAGCAGGAGCCCGAUCACAGUGUCCUGCUGGAUAGCUGUCUGGUGGCACAGGGUGACCAGGACCAGAGUGGAGUAGGCGGGACACAGCACCAGAGCGCCUCAGACCAGGAGCUGCAGGAGGCGGCUGAGGCCACCAGCUCAGGAGCCCCCAGGUCACGCCUCUGCCUGAGACCCACCCCUGGCCCCAGCACCAUGGCUAAACCAGGCCGGGAUAUGGAGCUGAAUCACCUGGUUCAGGACCAGCCACCUGGCCAGGUGGCCCCCGGACUUGGCCCCCCAAACCUCGUGGAGCAUCUCCCCAAUGUGCCCAGCUACCGCCCCCCAAUCACCCGCAUCCCUGUCCUCAUCUCCCGGAGGACAGCCUUGUCCAACUCCAACUUUGCCAAGGAGACCAGGAGCUCCAUCCGUCGCCUAGUGCCGGCUACGGAGGAGCACCCAGAAGUACUGGUGGAAGAUACGGAUCCCGACAGCCAGCCCCUCAUCGAGGAGGAGAAGAAACCACCCUCGCCCGUGCUGCCGCCCCCUUCCCCUGCCACAUCUGACACCCUCGCAGUCCCAGGAUCGGCCACAGGGAGCCUCAGGUAGGGGAAGGACCAGGCCCAAGACGAUGAGGCUGAAGAGCUCAAGGUGCUGUCACCAGCUGUGUCCCCUGUGGUCGCCUGGUCAGACCCCACCAGCCCACAGGGCACCGAUGCCCAGGACCGCGCAGCUUCCACCUCCAGCCAAAACAGUGCCAUCAUCAACGACCGGCUCCAGGAGCUGGUGAAGCUUUUCAAGGAGCGGACAGAGAAGGUGAAGGAGAAGCUCAUCGACCCUGAUGUCACCUCUGAUGAGGACAGUCCCAAGCCCUCACCAGCCAAGAAAGCCCCAGAACCAGCCCCGGACCAGAAGCCGGCUGAAGCAGGGCAGGCGGAGGAGGAACACUAUUGCGAAAUGCUCUGCUGCAAGUUCAAACGCCGCCCCUGGAAGAAGUAUCAGUUUCCCCAGAGCAUCGACCCACUGACCAACCUGAUGUACAUCCUGUGGCUGUUCUUCGUGGUGCUGGCCUGGAACUGGAACUGCUGGCUGAUUCCCGUGCGCUGGGCCUUCCCCUACCAGACACCGGACAACGUCCACCUCUGGCUGCUGGUGGAUUACCUGUGCGACCUCAUCUACCUCCUGGACAUCACUGUGUUCCAGCUGCGCCUGCAGUUUGUCAGAGGCGGGGACGUCAUUACGGACAAGAAGGAGAUGCGAGACAACUACCUGAAGUCCCAGCGCUUUAAGAUGGACAUGCUCUGCCUCCUGCCCUUGGACUUUCUCUACUUGAAAUUCGGUGUGAAUCCUCUUCUGCGCUUGCCUCGCUGUUUGAAGUACCUGGCCUUCUUCGAGUUCAACAACCGCCUGGAAUCCAUCCUCAGCAAAGCCUAUGUUUACAGGGUUAUCAGGACCACAGCCUACCUGCUCUACAGUUUACAUGUGAACUCAUGUCUGUACUAUUGGGCGUCGGCCUAUCAGGGCCUGGGCUCCACUCACUGGGUUUACGACGGCGUAGGAAACAGUUACAUUCGCUGUUACUACUGGGCUGUGAAGACCCUCAUCACCAUUGGUGGCCUGCCCGACCCCAAGACGCUCUUCGAAAUUGUCUUCCAGGGGCUGAAUUAUUUCACAGGUGUCUUCGCUUUCUCCGUGAUGAUCGGACAGAUGAGAGACGUGGUGGGGGCCGCCACCGCGGGGCAGACCUACUACCGCAGCUGUAUGGACAGCACGGUCAAGUACAUGAACUUCUACAAGAUCCCCAGGUCCGUGCAGAACCGGGUCAAGACCUGGUAUGAGUACACCUGGCACUCCCAAGGCAUGCUGGACGAAUCAGAGCUGAUGGUGCAGCUUCCAGACAAGAUGCGGCUGGACCUUGCCAUCGAUGUGAACUACGACAUCGUCAGCAAAGUGGCACUCUUCCAGGGCUGUGACCGGCAGAUGAUCUUCGACAUGCUGAAGAGGCUUCGCUCUGUCGUCUACCUGCCCAACGACUACGUGUGCAAGAAGGGGGAGAUAGGCCGGGAGAUGUACAUCAUCCAGGCGGGGCAGGUGCAGGUCCUGGGGCCCGAUGGGAAGUCUGUGUUGGUGACGCUAAAAGCUGGAUCUGUGUUUGGAGAAAUAAGCUUGCUGGCUGUUGGGGGCGGGAACCGGCGCACGGCUAACGUGGUGGCCCACGGCUUCACCAACCUCUUCAUUCUGGAUAAGAAGGACCUGAAUGAAAUUUUGGUGCAUUAUCCGGAAUCUCAGAAGUUGCUCCGGAAGAAGGCCAGGCGAAUGCUGAGAAAUAACAACAAGCCCAAGGAGAAGAGCGUGCUCAUCCUUCCUCCGCGGGCGGGCACCCCCAAGCUCUUCAACGCCGCCCUGGCCGCAGCAGGCAAGCUGGGCGGCGCCAAGGGGGCCAAAGGCGGCAAGCUUGCCCACCUCAGGGCCCGACUGAAGGAGCUGGCUGCGCUGGAGGCUGCUGCAAGACAGCAGCAGCAGCUGGAACAGGCCAAGAGCUUAGAAGAUGCUGCCGGAGAGGGAGGCUCAGCUGCCCCAGAGCAGCCCAGAGAGGAGGGCUCGGCCGCCCCAGAGCAGCCUGCGCCCCCGGAGCCCCCUGCCCCGCGCUCUCCAUCACCCGCCUCCCAGGGGAGGCCGGAGGGAGACAAGGAGGGCGCCGGGCCGGAGGAGCACUCGGUGCGGAUCCACGUGAGCCCGGGGCCGGAUCCCGAUGAGCAGAUCCUGUCGGUGGAGAUCCCCGAGGAGAAGGAGGAGGAGAAGAAAGAGGAAGAGUGAGGCAGCCACUAGCGAGCUACCCCCCACCCCUGUAGUUUGCCCCCCCCCCACCUGCGUCACCACAUGCUCUGCUCCCUGAAGCCAAGAUCCUCGUCCUCAGUAGUGGCCUCAGUGGUUCUCCCUUAAAGGCUCCACCGGUGCUCCUGCCCUGGCAUCAGCUUCUCCCGCGGCUGGUCUUGAAAUGAACAAACUUCAGAGUGUUUGUGCCCCAGAGUUCCCACCGUCGCUAGAGAAUCCUACCACCCCCUAACUGUUAUCUUCUUUUUUUUCUUUUUUUUUUUUUUGGUCUUUUUGCUAUUUCU